GUUUUGAAUAGCCCGGAGUUUUACUUUGACAGGACGGGGAACUCUGAAGCCACGUUUCCUGCCUGGUGUCUGGCUUGACAGCAGAGGAUGCAGGUGGAGCGACUCGGGCAGGACUGUUCACAUCUGUCUUGAAGGAGAAAAGGGGGGGAAAGAAAAUCUGCUCUGCUCUACGCUCUGGAUAAAAAGAAAGAAAGAAGAAAAAAAAACCCGCGUUAACUAUUUCGAAGGAUAUUAAUAAAUCUUGGCUUGUCUGGAGAAUAACGGAAUUAUCCGAAGAUACAAACUGACACCUGCAGGUUGGAGUUAGCAGUUAACCUAAACCCAUAUUCCAUAUCCACAAAGGCUUGCAUCACUGGGAAAAAAGCUGCAAGCUGCUGCUACAAUCAUGGAACCGAUACCUACAUAAAUCUUAAGGCUUUGGAAAAGUGGGAGAUCAUGGGGAAAAUAUGAACCUCUUGUACCCUGCAGCUGAUACUCUUUAAAGCUGCCACCUUAUGUCCUUUUAUUUUUCUUGACAAGAACACCCUCCCCCAAAGUGUUUGGCACAGCUCGAAAAUUUGUGGAAAUUUCCUCAAAAUCUAGACAUUAGAGACGUUUUAGUCCAAGGCACAGCAGGACCCUUCAAAGUGUCUCACUGGAUUAAAAUUGUUAUAUUUCCCCUCUUUUACCCUCCGGCUGCUUCUUAAGUCUUUCAAGCACCAACUGAUGGAGAAACGAAGGAAAGAGUCAGGAUAAGGACGAGAGUUAUCGUAACAGGAAGUGAAGGGAGAUACUGCCUGUUGGCUUGGGAACUUGGAACAGGGCUCCUGUGAGCAAGUUUUAUAUUCCGUUUAAAUUGUUUGUACAGCUUAUAUAAAUUGAAACUGGGGAUUGGCUUUGUGGCUACAAAGCAUCAAAAAAGGCAAAGAAAACAUUGGAAAUUUUAGUAUGACAAGGGUGUUAAGAUUCCUAUGCUGGCCCCUGUGGCCUUUGGCCCUUUUCAGCAUGCUAGCUACUGUAGACAUGCUGGAAUUUGGUGGGGCAACAGGCCAGUACGCACGCUAUGGCCGCUGGGAAGCAGGAUCCGUGGGUGAGCUCAGCUUCAGUCUCAAGACCAACGUCAGCCAGGCCUUGGUGCUCUAUCUGGACGACGGUGGGAACUGCGACUUCUUGGAGCUGCUUAUCGCCGGCGGCCGCCUUCAGCUGCGUUUCGCCAUCCACUGUGCCGAGCCGGCCAUUCUGCACAUGGAGACGCGGGUCAACGACGACCGCUGGCACAUGGUCUUGCUCACCCGCAAUUUUCGCGAGACUUUGCUAAUGGUGGAUGGCGAGACAAAAGUGGCCGAGGUCAAAUCAAAGAGGAAGGAAAUGGCUGUGGUCAGCGAUCUAUUUGUGGGUGGGAUCCCUCUCGACGUGCGCCUCUCUGCUCUGACCUCCAGCACUGUGAAGUAUGAGCCACCCUUCAUGGGGCUAAUCACCAAUCUGAAGGUGGGGGAGAUGCCACCCACACUGUUAAACAGCCAAGGCAUUGAGAGCGACCUGGAGUACCUCUGCACCAAACAAAACCCGUGCUUCAAUGGAGGGUUUUGCUCAAUUCACUAUGGAGAAGUUCACUGUGACUGCACCCACACCCGCUUCAGGGGGAAGUACUGCAAGGAAGCUGAAGAGUAUGCUGUGGAAGGUCUGGCGCACCUGACGUUAAACGACCAAGGUGACUCAUCUCUAGUUGGUAAAGAAGAGUCCGUUGCCACCUUCAAGGGCAACGAGUUCUUCUGCUACGACCUGUCCCUGACCCCCAUCCAGAGCAGCACCGACGAAAUAACACUCUCCUUCCGAACGCUGCAACGCAACGGCCUCAUGCUGCACACCGGGAAGUCGGCCGACUAUGUGAACCUGUCCCUGAAGAGCGGCGCCGUCUGGCUGGUCAUCAACCUGGGCUCUGGGGCCUUCGAGGCCCUGGUCGAGCCAGUCAAUGGCAAGUUCAACGACAACGCCUGGCAUGACGUGCGCGUCACACGCAACCUGCGGCAGCACGCAGGCAUUGGACACGCUAUGGUGACCAUCUCUGUAGAUGGUAUUUUGACCACCACUGGCUACACCCAGGAGGAUUACACCAUGUUGGGCUCCGAUGACUUCUUCUACAUCGGGGGAAGCCCCAACACGGCAGACCUGCCUGGAUCACCAGUCAGCAACAACUUUAUGGGCUGCCUUAAAGAUGUGGUGUACAAGAACAACGACUUCAAGCUGGAGCUCUCCCGGCUGGCCAUCGACCGCGACCCUAAGAUCACGCUGCACGGCGACCUGGUGUUCCGCUGCGAGGACGUGGCGGCUCUCGACCCCGUCACGUUCGAAGCUCCCGAAGCUUUUAUCUCGCUGCCAAAGUGGAACACCAAGAAGACGGGCUCCAUCUCCUUUGACUUCCGCACCACCGAGCCCAGUGGACUGCUGCUGUUCAGCCACGGACGUCCUCAGGGGCCCAAAGAGCAGAAGCCCGGGAGGGAACUGAAGACCGAUUACUUUGCUAUGGAGCUGCUGGACGGAUAUUUAUACCUGCUGAUCGAUAUGGGCUCUGGAAAAACAAAGCUCAAGGCCAGCAACAAGAAGGUCAAUGACGGAGAAUGGUGCCAUGUGGAUUUCCAGAGGGAAGGGAGGAAAGGGUCCAUCUCCGUCAACAGCCGCAGCAUGCCCUUCCUGUCCCCAGAGGGCAGUGAGAUCCUGGACCUGGACAGUGACAUGUACCUGGGCGGACUGCCCGAGUCCAAGUCGGACCUCAUCUUGCCGCCAGAGGUCUGGACGGCGCUCCUGAACUACGGAUACGUCGGCUGCGUCCGCGACCUGUUCAUCGACGGCAAGAGCCGCGACGUCCGCCGCCUGGCGGAGAUCCAGAGCGCUCUGGGCGUCAGCAGCUUCUGCACCCGCGAGCUGCAGAAGCGCUGCAGCAGUGCCCCGUGUGGCAACGGCGGCCUGUGCAAGGAGGGUUGGAACCGGUACAUAUGUGAUUGCACUGGCACGGGAUACCUGGGUACCAACUGUGAGAUAGAGGCAACCGUUCUGAGUUACGACGGCAGCAUGUACCUGAAGAUCAUCAUGCCCAUCACCAUGCACACGGAGGCCGAGGACGUGGCGCUGCGCUUCAUGUCGCAGCGGGCAUACGGCCUGCUCAUGGCCACCACCUCCAAAGAGUCGGCGGACACCCUGCGGCUGGAGCUGGACGGAGGCCGGGUCAAACUCACUGUCAACCUCGAUUGUAUCAGGAUAGACUGUAGCCUCAGCAAAGGGCCCGAGACGCUGUUUGCGGGCCAGAAGCUGAAUGACAACGAGUGGCACACAGUGAAGGUGGUGCGACGAGGCAAGAGCCUGCAGCUGUCUGUGGAUAAUGUCACAGUGGAAGGCCAAAUGACCGGUGCCCACACACGCCUAGAGUUCCACAACAUCGAGACGGGCAUCAUGACGGAGCGCCGCUUCAUUUCCGUCGUGCCUUCAAACUUCAUUGGCCACCUGCAGGGCCUGUCCUUCAACAGCGUACCCUACCUAGAUCAGUGUAAAAACGGGGACAUCUCCUACUGCGAACUGAACGCCCGCUUUGGCAUGAGGCACAUCAUCGCCGAUCCUGUGACGUUUCGAACGAAAGGCAGCUACUUAGCGUUAGCCACUUUGCAGGCCUACGCCUCCAUGCACCUGUUCUUUCAGUUCAAAACCACCACGCCGGAUGGCCUCAUGCUCUUCAACUCUGGAGAUGGGAACGACUUCAUCGUUGUGGAACUGGUGAAAGGGUACGUCCACUACGUCUUUGAUCUCGGCAACGGCCCGUCGCUAAUGAAGGGCAACUCAGACAAGCCGCUCAACGACAAUCAGUGGCACAACGUGGUGGUGUCCCGGGAUGCCAACAAUGUACACACGCUGAAGAUCGACUCGCGCACCGUGACGCAGCACUCCAACGGAGCCCGCAACCUGGACCUCAAAGGAGAGCUGUACAUCGGUGGCGUAACGAAGAGCAUGUACAGCAAUCUGCCCAAACUGAUCGCGUCCCGGGACGGGUACCAGGGCUGCCUGGCCUCUGUGGACCUGAACGGGAGACUCCCUGACCUGAUCGCAGAUGCCCUCCACAAGGUGGGACAGGUGGAAAGAGGCUGCGACGGACCCAGCACCACCUGUACGGAGGAGUCCUGCUACCAUCAGGGGGUCUGUCUCCAGCAGUGGGAGGGCUUCACCUGUGACUGCACAAUGACGUCCUACGGAGGCUCAUUUUGCAGCGACCGUAAGUCGUUAAACUUUUGA